GUGAGGCUGCAGCGUGGAUCCUCGCUCCGCUCAAAUCCUCCGGUUGGGCAGCUGCUUCUGGGAAACCGCGGCAGAUAGGAGUUUGGGGAGGACGGUGACCCAGCUACGAUUCUCUCAAAGGUCGCCCUCCUCCUGGACUUUGAAAUGCUUUACAUGAUCGGUUUGGGCCUGGGAGAUGCCAAGGACAUCACAGUCAAGGGGCUGGAAGUUCUAAGACGCUGCAGUCGAGUGUAUCUGGAAGCCUAUACCUCAGUCCUGACUGUAGGGAAGGAAGUUCUGGAAGAGUUUUAUGGAAGAAAAUUGAUUCUCGCUGAUAGAGAAGAAGUGGAACAGGAAGCAAAUAAUAUUUUAAAGGAUGCUGAUAUCAGUGAUGUCGCAUUCCUUGUAGUUGGUGAUCCAUUUGGAGCUACAACACAUAGCGAUCUUAUUCUGAGAGCAACAAAACUGGGAAUCCCUUACCGAGUUAUUCACAAUGCUUCCAUAAUGAAUGCUGUAGGCUGCUGCGGUUUACAGUUGUAUAGGUUUGGAGAGACAGUGUCUGUUGUUUUUUGGACAGACACUUGGAGACCAGAAAGCUUCUUUGACAAAGUGAAGAAGAACAGACAAAAUGGCAUGCACACAUUAUGCUUACUAGACAUCAAAGUAAAGGAACAGUCUUUGGAAAAUCUAAUCAAGGGAAGAAAGAUCUAUGAACCUCCUCGUUAUAUGAGUGUAAACCAGGCAGCCCAGCAACUUCUGGAGAUUGUUCAGAAUCAGCGAAUACGAGGAGAAGAACCAGCAGUCACCGAGGAGACAAUCUGUGUUGGCUUAGCCAGGGUUGGAGCUGAAGACCAGAAAAUUGCAGCAGGCACUUUGCAGCAGAUGUGUACUGUGGACUUGGGAGGACCAUUACAUUCCUUGAUUAUCACAGGAGGCAGCUUGCAUCCAAUGGAGAUGGAGAUGCUAAGUCUGUUUUCCAUACCAGAAUAUAGCUCAGAAUCCCAAAGCAUUGAUGGACUCUGAACAUAGGCAUUUCUAUUGUUAGAUGUUAAUUUCAGUUAUAUAUGCACAUACACAUAUUUGUAUAACAAGUCAAACAGGUCUUUUGGUUUACCUAAUAAGUAUAAAACGAGUGACCAAGAAGAAAGAUGCCGACUCAACAAUGCUUGAUUUCCUUUGGCAAUGAGUUUUUUCCCUAUGAUAUCAUCAGUUUUUGCUGCUAUUUUGGCAGUUUUUCAGGAUGCACAUACAUGGAGCAGACCAAGCUGGAAAACUUACAGAUAGACAUCUAUUGACAGAAUCAUUUAAAAGCAACUUUUGUUUAUGAAAUCAGUUUAUACAAGGUGGAACUUUCUUCUUUCUUAAAAAGUCAGAUGUUCUGACUGCAACAUAAGUUGUCCUGACAGCAUUUGGUAUUAAUGCAUAUAAAUAGAGGUGGGAAAAAUAAGUCCCCACGCAACAGUCCUACUUACUUAAAGCUCAGCUGAGCAUAUGCCACAAGAUGACAUCCUUUUGAAUUGCCUUGUCUUGUUUAGCUGACGUCCUAGUUAUGUGCCUCAUUUCUGCUGUAUUUUGGAGGUUAUAUAAUUGUUGAAUUAUAAAUGUUCAGCCAGCCAUGUACAGUUGCUAUUUGGUUUUAAAUAGCAUCUUUCACAUCCAAGCUGACAAAUGGAAAACUUGCUGACUACAAAAUAAAAUUUUAAAAAAUUUAAGUUUGAAAACAACGGUGGAUUGGUCAAGAUUUAUCAUACCACUUAACAGUUAAUAUGCCUCUGUAUGUAUACAAGUAGCCACAUUCUUCUUCCUAGUUGUAAAACACACUCCAUUUAUUAUGUUUCAUGACUAUGAAGUCUCAUACUUUUGUCAGUUUAUAACAGAAAUAGCUUUGCUACAUGUUAGUUUAGUUGGUCUAACUCUGAGUACAGUUGACCCUUGAACAACACAGGUUUGAACUGUGUGGGUCUGCAUAUAUGCAGAUUUUUUUUUCAUUAAAUACAUACUACAGUACUACACAAUCCAUGGUUGGUUGAAUCCUCAGAUGGUUGAAUCCAUGGAUGUGGAACCAGGGAUGUUUUCAACUGCAUUGGAGGGUCAGUGUCCCUAACCCCAACAUUGUUCAAGGUCAAUCAACUGUGUUUUCAUGGCCUAAUCAACUUAUCUGAACUCUUUGUUGAGUAGAUUCAUAGGAAGUUGAGCAACUACUUCCCUACUUUCUGGAAGCAUCAGUUAAGUAGAGAGUAUUUUGAAUUGUUUCAUUUCAUUUGAGAUAAAAGAUAUUUUAAUAUAUGUGAAACAUUCUGUUAUCACUAUGUUGGAUGAAAAAGAGGAGAGAGACAAGGACAUUUAAGUACCAGUUCUGUAGUGUUUUUUUCUAAGGUGUUAAAUUAAACAAUGAAGAAUUAUAAA